UUUUUCAUUUCAUCAGAGUAUGUUGUGUUAUAUCUCCCGGUGAGUGAGAGGCUGCAAAGCUCCAAAAAUGUUAGUGAUGGCUGCUUCGAAUACAGUCAAGUAUGGGAUUGUAGGGGUGGGCAUGAUGGGCAGAGAGCACCUCAUCAAUUUGUACCACCUUCGCUCCGAAGGCGUGGCCGUGGUCGCCAUAGCCGACCCCCAUCUUCCUUCCCAGAAGCUUGCCCUUGACUUGGCACACUCUUUUAAUUGGCCCAUCAAGGUUUUUUCAGGACACAGGGAGCUAUUGGACAGCUUGCUCUGUGAUGUGGUGGUUGUGUCAACUCCAAACAUGACCCAUUAUCAAAUUUUGAUGGAUAUCAUCAACCACCGUAAACCCCAUCAUGUAUUAGUGGAGAAGCCAUUGUGUACCACGGUUGCUCACUGCAAAGAGGUCGUGAAUGCUGCUAGAAAGAGGCAGGAUAUGCUGGUACAAGUUGGACUGGAGUAUAGAUACAUGCCACCUGUUGCUAAACUGAUAGAAAUAGUAAAGGGUGGAAGUCUUGGACAGGUCAAAAUGGUGGCAAUCCGCGAACACCGGUUUCCUUUCUUGGUUAAGGUCAACAAUUGGAACCGGUUCAACAUUAACUCUGGGGGGACUUUGGUAGAGAAGUGCUGCCACUUCUUUGAUCUGAUGAGGCUGUUUGCUGGUGCCAAUCCAGUUCGUGUCAUGGCUUCUGGAGCCAUUGAUGUUAACCACAAAGAUGAAAUAUACGAUGGAAAGGUCCCAGACAUAAUUGACAACGCAUAUGUUAUUGUUGAAUUUGACAAUGGUUCUCGCGGGAUGCUUGACCUUUGUAUGUUUGCUGAAGGAACUAAAAAUGAGCAAGAAAUAUCUGUUGUUGGUGAGAUAGGAAAGGGGGAGGCCUUUGUUCCUGAGAGCAUUGUACGUUUUGGUACUCGAGUCGAUGGGAGAAAUGGUGUCCAGACUUUAAAAGCUGAGAAUGAUCAAAUAAAAUAUGAUGGACUGCAUCAUGGAUCUAGCUAUUUGGAACACCUGCACUUCUUAUCUGCAAUUAGGGCCAAAGCUAAAGCUCCAGCUGUAGAUUUGCACGACGGAUUAGUUUCAGUUGCCAUCGGAGUUGCAGCACAACUUUCAAUAGAGAAGGGCCGAUUUGUGACGAUUGAAGAAGUCAUGAAUUAAUGCAAUUGUAAAGAUUCUGUAUAGGUCUUGAACCCUUCAUGUUGCUGGUGUGGGUUGGGAAGAAAAUGCUGUUAAAAUUUCUUCUUCCCUAUAUGAAGUACGUACAAACUAAUGUUUGCUCACCUAUUAAUAAUAAACCCAGCUUUACUGAUUUUCUUUA